GCUUGGGAGGCGAUUCAAGUCUUUCAAGUCUCAACCCACACGUCACUGGCGUACAGAGUUUUACCGCAUGACGGAGUCAGAGCCGUAUGUCAUGAAGCAAAUUCACCCUGCACGAGGUUGACGGGAAACUUUUAUUUGUCGAUUCCUCGCACAGAGUCGGAGGUGCGUCCCAGCCGGCUGCUGACCUGGUGUCAGAAGCAGACUCAGGGCUACAGAGGGGUGGACGUCACCAACCUCACGUCCUCCUGGAGGAACGGCCUGGCCCUCUGCGCUCUCGUCCACCGCCAGAGGCCCGAGCUCAUUGACUACGAUUCUCUAAACGAGGAGGACGUGGCGGGGAACAAUCAGUUGGCAUUCGACCUGGCCGAGCGGGAGUUCGGCAUCCAGCCGGUGACGAGGGGGAAGGAGAUGGCUGCAGUGGCAGAGCCGGACAAGCUGCUGAUGGUUCUUUACCUCUCCAAGUUCUACGAGGCCUUCAGGAACUCCCCAGGAAACAACAACAACGGUCAGGCUCCUUCCUGCUUCUGUCACAGACAAUCAAAACGGCACUUGUGGACUUAUUUCGUUGGCUGCUGCGAAGCUCUUAAAGGGCUGGUUCAGCACAAAUUCAAAAAUACGUAUUUGUUGUCUUACCUGUAGUGCUGUUUGUCAAUCUAGAUUGUUUCCGUGUGAGUUGCUGAGUUGUGGAGGUAUUGGGCGUAAUAUUAAAAUAUGUAUUUUUGAUUUUGGGAUGAACUGUCCCUUUGAGAAUGUACUCUAUACUGAGUGUUAUCAUGUGAAACAUAAGAGAUUAAAUGAGGAGUUAAAAAGUAGUGUAAAUGAUAUUGUAAAUAAGCUAAAUGAAAAGUAAGACGUGAUAAUCAUUGUGGUUUCUCAAAUGAAGCUGUUCUACUAGAGGUAAUACUUUUUCAGUAGUAAAGUGUAGGGAAUGCUAAGGACUGUAGAAACAGUCUGCUAGAAACUUGUUGAUUUAUUGUUUUUGUUUUUCUAAAAUGUCAGGUCGGUCUUCAUCAAAUCCAACCCGUUCUCACUUCUAGCCGCGUCUUUAUUCGAUGAUCAGAGCAACCGACGUAGUAUAGAGCAAGAAAGUAUACGUGUAGGGUGGGUUGACGUUUUGGAUGGGUCAGACAAGACUAUCACCCAUGAGACUUAUUAAACCUAUGUCGGGAGUUUAUUUUGAAAAUAGAACGUACGGAAACUGUAUGUGUCCUGUAAACAUAGAAGUCUAUUUUGAAAAGACACAAUGCAUGUAACGACCAGAAACUGUGUCUUGUAAACACGGAAGUUUAUUUUGAAAACACACAUUGCAUGCAACGAGUGGAAACUGACACGCUCUCCCCGACACGUCCGAAACUGACGCUAGAGGGGAACAUAGAGCGCCACCAACCAGAUGUCAAUAGUUGAAGAAAAAAAAAAAACUUAACACGACACCACUAUAACUAGCUUCCAAAAUAACCAUAGAAUCUCUAUCUGACUUCCCAACCCCGGUUUGACAAAACGAAAUGACUAGUUAACAAAGUCACACCAGAAUAUGAGAAAGGGAUCCAGCCAUACAGAAGCGUCAGGGUCAGACUCUCACCCUAACGACUAAGAAAAUGUGUAACACUAUACCCAACCAAAAACAAGCUGUCAAAACAGGAUCUCCAUUUCUUCCUACCUUAACAGAAAAGGCAAAAUAGUGCAUUAAAAUAGAGUCGGUGCGCAGUACAUUCUGUUGAAGACACAGUCGCAUUUGAAAUAACUGAGUGUCUGCGAUGUUAUGGUCCGGCUCUAGAACCAUAGCAAAACGUCACGAAAACUCAGGCACUGAGCUAAACAAACAAAUACUUUUAAUGAACAAAGGCCGGGACAUUUCAAGUGUGCAACAAAGGAUGAGCAUUCUCGUCGUGAGUGCCAGAAGGUUCCACUGCUGCCAGAUGCUCCUUGCCGCACACCAGGUGUGAGAGGGGAAGAAGGCCAGCACU